GCCCACGACCUCUCAGUUCCAUUUCCCGCAGUUCACAAAGUGCACACCACGGUCAUGCCCAACAACAUGCUGGAGCGGGUCCUCUCCCUUCGCCGAUCCACACAGCCGCACGGGGACGAAGCCGCCGGUGAAAAAGGCGACGGAGCCGCCGAUGAGUCCAAGACCAAGAAGCAGCAACUCCCGCUAACGAUGCGGGCCGCUAACUACUUGACCCGGAUGGGCCACAUCGGACCAUGCCUCGCAUUCCUCUUCCUCACCUUCAUCGCAAUCCUCUCCUUGCAACUCUUCCACUCCCACAGUUUCGUUUGCGUCUCCUCAUCCUACUACGACCCGGUUUCCCGCGCAGGAUUCUACGGGUUCGACGGCCUCGAAUCGGACUUCGGAUCCCUCGGCGUGCCUUGGUGCAGAUCGAAACAUGGAAAAACAGUUGAAUGGACGUCUAAGGAUUUACUCAAAGGCUUGGAAGAUUUCGUACCCAUAUAUGAAGCCCGGCCAAUUAAAAACAAUAUGUUUGGAAUGGGUUUCGAUCACAGCUUUGGGCUAUGGUUCAUUGCUCAAUGGCUGAAGCCAGAUCUGAUGAUUGAGAGCGGUGCUUUCAAGGGGCAUUCCACUUGGGUCUUGCGGCAAGCAAUGCCAGACACACCAAUUGUGUCACUUACACCCCGACAUCCCGAGAAGUAUCUACAGAAGGGUCCUGCUUAUGUUGAUGGAAACUGUACAUACUUUGCUGGAAAGGACUUUGUGGAUUUUGGAAGUGUUGAUUGGGCAAGUGUGAUGAAGAAACAUGGGAUUACCAAUCUCAGUCGGGUUCUUAUUUUUUUCGAUGACCAUCAAAAUGAAUUGAAAAGAAUAAAGCAGGCUCUAAAAGUUGGUUUCCAACAUCUUGUUUUCGAGGAUAACUAUGACACUGGAACCGGAGAUCAUUAUUCCUUAAGGCAGAUUUGUGAUCAAUUUUAUAUAAGAGGAGGUGGCCAUUGCUGUUUUAAAGACAGCGAUGAAGCUCGGAUUAGAUCAAAGAGGAAGAAAUUUUGGGAGAAAGCGAUGGACAUAGAAGAACUCUGUGGACCAGGCGAAGCGUGGUGGGGUGUUAGAGGAUACAUGCGGGAUAAUUUUAACCACAGUAAUGAGCCAAUCUCCCUUGCAGAGCACUUUGAGAACAGCCGUUUUCUGGAAUCAAUUCUUGAUGUUUAUUGGGAACUCCCUCCAGUGGCUGGACCUUCUCUCACUCAUCAAUCAAGAUAUGAUCCUGCUCGUGCACCAAGUCCUAUUGUUGAAGAUGGCCGAUACCGCUUGUUCCAGCGGCUCGGUCUGACCAGACUUGAGACUUCUGUAUUCAAUGGGUAUACUCAGAUGGUUUAUAUUCAGAUAUCCAAACAAGAGAUUUAGAUCACAGUAGAUGAGAAUUUACUUUGUUAACUUCCCAUAGCCUUUUCAUGUUAUGCACGGAUUUUUUCUCUCCUAGCUCUCUGUGUUUUCCACCAUGUUUUGUAUAUCAAGUUUUAGAAAUUUAGAACCGCUUUGGGAGGCAA